AUGAGGCCGCUGAAGGAAGAAGAAAGCAAGAUUGUAUUUGAGAAACUUGCUAAAUUCGUCGGAAACAAUCUUGUCAAUAUUGUCGACAACAAGGAAAAUCCGCACGUUUUUCGCCUUCAAAAGGAUCGGGUUUUCAUCGUUUCGGCGAAAGUUUGUAAAUUUGCUGGGAGUGUUCCCAGAAAAAACUUGAUCAGUUUAGGAACUUGCAUUGGAAAAUUUUCAAAAACCAAGAAGUUUCGUCUUCACGUCACUUCUCUUCCGUGGAUUGCUCGUUUUGCGACGCACAAGGUUUGGGUGAAGCCAGCAGGAGAACAAAGUUUUAUUUAUGGAAAUCAUGUUUUGAAGCGCCAUCUAGGACGCGUCACUGAGCAAACGGAUAAGAAUGCUGGGGUCGUUGUGUUGUCGAUGGGAGAUGUUCCACUUGGUUUCGGUGUGACUUCUCGUUCAACAAGUGAAAUGAGAGCUUCCGAUACAGAAGCAAUCGUUGUUUUUCAUCAAUCUGACGUUGGGGAGUAUCUCAGAGAAGAAGCUGAUCUUAUUUAG